CCUUCAUCAGGCAUCCAUUGAACGCAACAGAAAAAACAAUUCAAAAUUUGUGAUUUUUAAAGUCAGAAUCAAAACUCUCAUCUGAAAAGGAGAACUUCAAAUGGAUGAUAGUUCUUCAAAUUCCUAUUCCCUAUGUGAUCAUCAAAAUCUUGAUCAGGGACAAAUGCUUACUGAAACAACUGGAUGACAUGUUGCAACGGUCCUCAUAAUUACCACGGUGAGCAAAAGCCAUCCAGUACGCACUACAGUAGUUGUACAGACCGCAGCAUGCCAGAGGAGAUUCAGCCAGUUGCCUGUAGUCCCAUAGACAACAUAGACGGGGGAGGAGGGAGGGGAGGAGGGUGUCUGGAGAGGAGGAAAAGAGGGGAGAAGAGGAGUAUGAGGUCUGGAGAGAGAAAGCAGAGGAGAGAAUAAGAGGACGACAAGGAGGAGGAGGUGUGGAGAUUCAGGUGACACAUCUCUGCUCUUAGUAUCCAGGCCCCCUAGACUGUCUAUGGGUCUUAACGGGCUGCGUUCCGCUCCGAGUGGACAGGCAGCGGGGCGGCGGGGCGGCGGAGCGGCUCCGGACUCUGGCGCAGGUUAAGCGGCUGGACGCAGUGACAGCGCAGAGAAAACCCGCGGCCACUGAGGGACAUAGCUGACAUCUUUGGCUGUCACAGUGAAGCAGCAUGCCAGCGAUCAGUCACACCGACCGCGGGGUGUGAAGGAGGGGCGAUAGAGGCUAUGGACAUGCCGGAGGAUGAGUCGUUGUUGAAGAACCGGACGGAACACGGGCCGGAGCCGAGCCAGGGGGCAGCGCGUCCUGCAUGGGCAAUCACGGCGCUGGCCAGCGUGCUGAUCUUCAUCACUGUGGUAGAUGUCCUGGGAAACCUGCUGGUCAUUGUGUCCGUGUUUAGGAACCGCAAACUCCGAAAUGCGGGAAAUGUCUUUGUGGUGAGCCUGGCCUUUGCUGACUUGGUUGUUGCAUUCUACCCCUACCCGCUGGUGUUGUACGCCAUCUUUCAUGAUGGUUGGUCACUGGGUGAGACCCAGUGCAAGGUGAGCGGCUUCCUGAUGGGCUUGAGCGUCAUUGGUUCCAUCUUCAACAUAACAGGCAUUGCCAUCAACCGCUACUGUUACAUCUGCCACAGCUUCAGCUAUGACAAGCUGUACAACUACCGCAACACUCUGCUGCUGGUCGCACUCAUCUGGCUCCUGACAGUUGUAGCCAUUGUCCCCAACUUUUUUGUUGGCUCGCUACAGUACGACCCACGCAUCUACUCAUGCACAUUUGCACAGACAGUCAGCACUGCCUACACCAUCACAGUGGUGGUCAUCCAUUUCUUUGUGCCUAUUGCUGUGGUCACCUUUUGCUAUCUGCGCAUCUGGAUCCUGGUCAUUCAAGUGAGGCGGAAGGUUAAGUCGGAGGUGCGCCCUCGUAUCAAGCCCAGUGACCUGAGGAACUUUAUCACCAUGUUUGUGGUGUUCGUGCUGUUUGCAAUUUGUUGGGCACCACUCAAUUUCAUUGGGCUCGCUGUUGCAAUCAACCCUGAAGCAGUGGCACCUCGCAUCCCUGAAUGGCUCUUUGUAGUAAGCUACUUCAUGGCUUACUUCAACAGUUGCCUUAAUGCCAUCAUCUAUGGCCUGCUGAACCAAAACUUCCGCAGGGAGUACAAGCGGAUCAUCAUGUCUGUGUGGAUGCCACAUCUCUUCUUUCAGGAGACAUCACGGGGGGGUACUGAAGGCAUGAAGAGCAAACCCUCACCAGGACUCAAUAACAAUGAGCCAGUGAAAGGAGAAACUCUGUGACACUGUUUCCCUCAAAAUCUUUGUCCCUCUUCUUCUGUCUUCACAUGUACAGUGCCAUCGAUCAAACUUUAUUCUCUACUGUGCCAAAGUCUCAACAAACUCUAGAUAGAGUGACCAACAGUGAACUUGAGUGAAGUUAAAAUGAAAAAAGAGGCAUAUUCACAACAAUAGCUGUGUUAUUCAUUAUUUUAAGAGUGUCAUUCUUAAAACCUAAGGCUCAUCAAUUUUGGUUUGUACUGAUUUUAUCUAAAAAACACCCAGAUUAUUUUAAAAUUAGAUAUUUCGCCUUGAUUUUUUAUUUCCAUGACUAAAACAUUGCUUAGUUUACACUUAACCACCAUAGAUGACAAGUACAGUUCUUUUUAUGAUUCCUUUAACAAAGCAAAAAGAAAGAUGGAGACAAAACACAAAGUAGCUAUAGUAUGCUGCAGGGAAAAAAUAACUAAAAGUUGAAUCUGCCAUGGAUAUACAUAGUCCCAGAGGAUGAACUCUAAUGUAUCUUGAUUAGUACAACAAGUAGUUCAAAAUUUAACUCCCCAGAGGAUGAACCCUUUUUAUGUUAGGCACUCACGCUAGUCUCAGUUAAUAUUUGAUUGUUUGCAUGUUAUUGUGCAGCACAUGAUUUACAUCCAGUCGCAAGAAGUAGUUGCACGUCUGAUUGCAUGUUCAACUUUGAUGCCAGAGACCAGAGUUAUUGUUCUGUCAAGAACUCAAGUAAUGACCAACAAGUAUGAUUGCAACCACAAUGUUUCCCUAACUUGCAAUACUGUAGAUGCCAUGUGUAGAUAUUGUUAAUAAUACAU